UCAACGAAUUUUAGUCUAAGUUUACUGAGAUAAAUCAUUCCGGCCGUUUUCGGUCUCGGGUGCCGAGCUCCUUUCCCCCCUUUUCUCCGUAAUACAGUCCUUCUUUUUCGGCAUGAUAUUUCCCCCGUAUUCACGGCCAAUAUGUAUCCAAAGGACUCACAUCUCCUUUUGUGAUAUCCGAAUGGAUGGCUAUGCUGGAUGAAUUUUUAAGCCGUGUUAUUUUUCAAAUUGUCACAUGUACUGUUUCUUUUUCGCUAUUCUCGAGAUUUCUCAAUUGAUAUGUCUUUCCGUUGUUAUACAUGAAGCCCUCCCCUAAUCACACGUCUUAUUUAAACCAUACUACCCUCCAUAUAGUGUCAUUUAUAUGUUAGACGUUUACCUGUGCAAAGGUGUUUGAGCCCAUCACCCUCUCCCCAAGACAUUCUUUCUGAACUAUCAAUUUUGUAUUUAAAAUACCUUCCUGCAGUUAUAUAUUCCAUUUUCAACCACUACCAAUAGAAUCAUAUAAUGAAGGCCUGGACAUGGACUCAUGGAGGCUACCCCGAGGCAUUACAACAGUCGACACUCCCGCCUGACAUAGGGCCACUCGAGUCAUCUCAGAUCAUUAUGCGAACAAAGGCUGCAUCGAUCAACCCUGUCGAUGUUCAGUUGAUGUCAUACCCCCUAAUAUCACGUCUUCCCGCCUUUCUUGUUCCGCCACACAAAGGCGUAGGUGAGGACUUCUCGGGCGUCGUUGAAGAAGCCGGGCCGAACUCUGGCUUCAAGAUCGGUGACGAAGUCCUCGGCAUCGCCCCAUUCCUCCCCGGGGGUACUCUCCAAGAGACAACUAAAAUCGACACCAAGGUAUCUGCAGUAGUGCGGAAGCCGGCUGAUUGGUCCUGGGAGCAGGCCGCCGCCCUCCCGCUGGUCUGGCUCACGGCCCGAACGACCAUUGCCCGUACAGAGUCUCACGUGAAAAGCGGGAAGAUAGUUAUCUUGGGUGGUAGUUCCAGCUGCGGCAUGUACGCUGUCUAUCUUGCAAAGCAGCGUGGUUGGACAGUGAAAGCCUCGUGCUCUGGCCGCAAUGCCGAUUUCGUUCGCAGCAUGGGGGCAGACGAUAUCAUCGACUACACAACUACUAACGUUCCUGAACAAGUCAAGGCCUUCGCUCCCGAUGCUAUCAUUGAUUUUGUUGGAGGUACGGAAUGUCUAGGAAUCUCAAAGGCAUACGUGACUGUCGUCGGCGACAAAACUGACCGGCUAUCCCCGGGUGGCCGGUAUAUUUACUUAUGGAAUCCUCAGAUGCUCCUGCGUGCCAUUGCUGGGAAGAUAGGUCUUGGCCAAUCUUAUACCUGUAUCAAUCUUGAGUUUAGCGCUUCCUUUUUAAAGGAAUUGCUUGAUCUACCUAAGGAUAAGAUCGUUAUUGACUCCAUAUUUGGGUUUGACCAAGUCAAAGAGGCAUUUGAUAAGCUUAAUACGGGGCGUGUAAGGGGCAAGUUAGUCAUCAAAAUCGCUACGUGAGGGGUUGAAGUAGUGUAUAGCUAUUGUUUAUUUUGGUAUUGUCCAUUCUUGAUAGCUCUUAUGGAUGUAUUUGUCUAGAUAUGCGAAAUUAUCUAAUUAGUAUAAGUCAGUGGAGGACCAACAGACUACCUAGACACCUUGGCCUGGUCGCUCCUGGUUGUUACGUUUUAUAGUUCACUACAUUUAUUACCAGGAACUCUAGUACGAGAGUAGAUUCGGUUGUUUAUAUGUAUAGUAAGAGAGUCCCUAUAGCUUUAAGUGUUGAUCGAACGAAUAUGGUAGCAUUA